AAACAAAAAACGGGACUGGACACAUUCUGUUUAUUUCUUUCUAAGAGUAAUAACUACGAAAAUGACUAGUUCAGGACUGAGCAUUUUUAAUGAUCUGGAAUUUGAAGCCGUCAUUAGAGAACUGGACACUCCAAAUGUUGAUGGUUGGGAGUUUUUCACAGAAAGCCACGGAGUCAAAAUAUACAGACAGUAUAACGAGACUUCAGGGCUUUAUGAAUAUAAGGUUUAUGGUACACUAGAUGACUGUCCACCAGAUGUGUGCGCACAGGUGUAUCUUGAUCUGGAGUACAGGAAAAUUUGGGACAGUUAUGUCUCUGAGUUGUAUGAAAGAGAAGCCAAUGGGAUGAAGGUUAUAUACUGGGAUGUUGCCUACCCAUUUCCUAUGUCCCAUAGAGAUUAUGUUUAUAAAAGAGAAUAUAAAGAAAUAGAGCACAAUGGUCAUAAAGUGUAUGCAGUGAUGGCAAAAAGUGUUGAGUGUUCAGAAAUUCCAGAGAAGUCUGGAGUAAUCAGAGUAGAUGACUACAAACAGAGUUGUGUUCUAACCACGGAUGGGAAAGUGGGGUCAAAAGCUUUCAUGAGGUAUUAUGACAAUCCAAAGGGUAUGAUUCCAACAUGGUUAAUUAACUGGGGAGCAAAGACUGGUGUUCCAUCUUUUUUGACAAUGAUGCAGAAAGCUUGUCGUGGAUAUCCAGAAUACAAAGCUAAAAGAAUGAUCACUCGUUAACAGGGUACAAAAUUACAUUUGACAUGUAGACACUCCUAUAUUUGAACUCAACUCUGGGAAUUUUUUACCAUUUUCUCACAUUCUUUUGUUGUUUUUACAUAAAAAUCAUAUAUUUUGUACUUCAUGAGGUCAUCGCAACAUCUUUUUGUUGCGUGCUGUCUUAAAUGUUGAAACUUGUGAUAUUCGUUUUGUGAUAUUCAUGUGCAAUUUCUUUAUAUGACUGAAAAUGUGUUCUUUUUUAUGUAAUUAGAAUUAAACUAAUAUGAC